UUGAGCGACGACGUUCCUUCCUAUUAUGUGUGAACAAUUGUGACCAUGGAGAAGCACAAGGAUGGAGUGGACCUGGAUUCGAUCCUGGCCGAGCUGGGGCAGUUCGGCCGCUACCAGAUGCUGACGUAUUGCUUCAUUAUAUUCCCAAUUCUCUUCAGUGCGGUGUACAAUGGACAAUAUAUCUUUGCAGCAGCCGAUCUUAAUUACAGAUGCAAAGUACCACAAUGCGAGUCGUCUCCGCCGGAGUUCGAGACCGGUGGUUGGGGUGUGUGGGCCUUCCCGGAGUCAGGGGGUCGCUGCGAGAAACUCCGUCCCAUCGACCACACGUGCACUGCCGACGCAUUCCACGUUAAUGAGACUCUGAGAUGCACCUCUUGGAUUUAUGAGAGGAACCACACAAUAGUUUAUGAGUUUGAUUUGGCGUGCGAAGACUGGAAACGCACUAUGGUGGGUACCGUACAUAGCGUAGGACUUUUUGCUGCCCUGCCCCUCACCUCAUUUGUAUCAGACACUUUCGGCCGACGUACAGCUUUCAUCUUGACCGCAGUGAGCGGCGGCGUGAUGGGCCUCAUACGGUCCUUCUCCCCUAACUACAUCAUGUACCUUGUGUUUGAGUUCCUCGACGCAACGCUGGGCUCCGGCGUCUAUAGUACCGGCUUCAUUCUCGCUCUAGAAAUGGUGGGUCUGAACCGUCGCGUUCUCGGUGGGAAUUUAAUAUCGUGUACAUUUGCAAUUGGACAAGUGGUCCUAGCGCUGGUAGCUUGGGCCAUCCCUGAUUGGAGGACCUUAACAAGAGUACUAUACGCACCGUCACUUCUAUUCGUCUUCUACUACUUCGUCAUAGAAGAGAGUGUGCGGUGGUUACUUAGCAAAAACAGAAAAGCAGAAGCAGCAAGAAUAAUAUUCAAAGCAGCUGAUAUGAAUAGAAAGAAACUAUCGCCGGAAUCAGUUAAACAGUUGACACAAGAAGAAGAGAAAGCCGAAGAACCUAAUGUAGAAAUACUGCCUAACACUGAGGAAAAGAAGAAGCCGUCUCUCUUUUUAACCGUGAUCAAGUCCAAAAUAUUGAUGUCUCGAUUAUGCAUUUGCUCGUUUUGGUGGAUAACAGUGACUUUUAUUUAUUAUGGACUAUCAAUAAACUCUGUGGCAUUAGCAGGGAACAGUUAUGUGAACUACAUCCUAACGUCGCUGGUAGAAAUCCCGGGGUACUUCAUUAGCGUAAUCACGCUCGAUCGUUUCGGCAGGAAGCGGUCUAUCAUGACUGCAUUCAUCAUUUGUGGCCUAGCCCUAAUCUCUCUGCCAUUUAUACCAACUGGUCUGCAGUGGCUGUUGACGUCGCUGACGAUGCUGGGCAAGCUGUGCAUCAGCAUGGCGUUCAGCAGCAUCUACAUCUACACGUCGGAGCUCUUCCCGACCACCGCCAGGCACAGGAUGCUCGGGGUCUGCUCCAUGUUCGGUAGAAUUGGCUCCAUUGCUGCUCCGCAGACCCCGCUUUUGAUGGCAUACAUGGCGUCACUUCCGUACCUGGUAUUCGGUGCGAUGGCUGGCUGCGCGGGGGCGCUGAUGCUGCUCACGCCGGAGACCCUGCACAUGCGUCUCCCGGACACAGUCGAACAGGCCGAGAAGAUUGUUGCCAUGUCGCGGAACAAGCAUCCCAGUGAUAUAGAGUAGUGUGUGUUCCCGUCUUAGAACCAUGAUAUACAGUAUAUAGUCGGUCAAAAGUCAACGACUGACGUUCCGAUGAGAUUAAAAUGGAUGACAAACAGACGGAGUGCUCUAUUACUUUGUAUUAUGUCAUGUGCAGUGGUUUACUUGUUUAUUUAUUAAAACUUUAAUGCACAAAUAUAAAAAUAACGGUGCAUAUGGCUGACUUGACACCGUAAGGCGUUUUCUCCCAAAAUUAUAUAUGUCUGAUUUUUUAAAUAUAUUUUAGAACUAGCUGUUCGCGCGACUUCGUCUGCGUGGGAUUUAACUUUAAUUUUCUUAAA